GCCUCGUACUUCUUAGACCCUUUUGAUUUUCUCCUUUUUCCAUUUUUUUCCCUGUAAACGCGCGUGCGAGAGAGCUGAGCAGUAGUUCGUUAAUGGCGGUUUCAGCUUUCAGGGGCGCAGGUUACGGCCGUUUGCCACUCUUCCAUCCCACAACGGCGCAGCUGCCUGCUAUAAAAUCAUCAUUCCGAUUGAAGAAGUUCAAUGUUCGGUCAGGCAGAUUUUCUACAUUUGCCCGGUAUUCCCAGACUCAGGAUUUUUCUACCCGUGUUCAAGAUAGCAUUGGCAAUUUGCCCAAGUUAGUGGAGGACAUUGUCCGGACCUCCAUAAACACAGGGCCACGUGGAGCCCUGAGGCUAGCCCAAGGCAUUCAAGCUGUUAUAGGGGUUGGUGGGGAGUGGCUAGCAGAUGUGUCAAAGAUAGCGAAUACAUCUGCAGGACUGCCAACUGAAAUGCAGCUUGGAUUACUUUCACCCGUUUAUCUUCGGAAACUAUUUGAACGCAUGGGAGCAACCUACAUCAAGUUAGGUCAGUUCAUAGCAUCUGCGCCCACAUUGUUUCCAGCAGAAUAUGUCCAGGAGUUUCAGAAUUGCUUUGAUAAGGCUCCAGUAAUUCCAUUUAGUGAAAUUGAGGCUAUUCUGCGGGCAGAUUUAGGGAGGCCGAUAGACAGUGUCUAUGAGUUUGUUGAUCCAGUGCCGAUUGCCUCGGCAUCAAUUGCUCAGGUUCAUGGGGCAAGGCUUAAAGGCUCCCAACAAGAUGUGGUAAUAAAGGUCUUAAAGCCUGGAAUGGAAGAUAUAUUGGUUGCAGAUCUGAACUUUGUGUACAUCGUCGCACGCAUUUUGGAGUUUUUGAAUCCUGAACUCAGCCGUACAUCACUGGUGGGUAUUGUCAAAGAUAUAAAGGAAUCAAUGCUUGAAGAGGUUGACUUCCAAAAAGAAGCUGUAAACAUAGAGUCCUUCAGGAGAUAUCUAGAAGAUAUGGGACUCACUGGACAGGCUAAAGCUCCAGAAGUCUACCGACACUGCAGCACACGGCGAGUACUGACCAUGGAGAGGCUUUAUGGAGUUCCUCUCACGGAUCUUGAUUCUAUAAGAUCGCUGGUUUCUAGUCCAGAGGCGAGUCUAAUUACUGCACUUAAUGUGUGGUUUGGAAGUUUGCUUGCCUGUGAAACCUUCCAUGCUGAUGUACAUGCGGGGAACUUGUGGUUGCUUCGUGAUGGCCGUAUUGGGUUUCUUGAUUUUGGGAUUGUGGGCCGCAUAUCCCCAAAGACGUGGGCUGCUAUGGAGAUAUUUUUGGCUUCAAUUUCAAGCGAAGAAUAUGAAUCAAUGGCUUCAGCCCUGAUCGAGAUGGGUGCGACAAAUAAGGAUGUAGAUACUAAGGCAUUUGCGAGAGACUUGGAAAAGAUAUUUUCUUCAAUACAGGAUUUAGAUACGGAAAUUGUUGUUGCGACUGCGAGGGGGCCAGAUAGAGCUGCCGUAUCAGCUAAUGUAAUUGUUGACGAGAGGCAGAUGAAUGCUCUUUUCCUUGAUGUGGUUCGUGUCAGUGAAUCAUACGGGCUGAAAUUUCCUCGUGAAUUUGCCCUUCUCAUAAAACAGCUCCUGUAUUUUGACCGUUACACCCGGCUAUUGGCACCAGAACUAAACAUGCUCCAGGACCAGAGGAUCUCCAUCGCCUCAAACCGUAAAAUGAGUCGGCAAAUGAGCACGAGGAGUCCCUACCCAAGAACUUAGAUAUUCCAUAACCUGUCCUUCCCGUGUGCUCUGUCAUCUGCUAUUGUAAAUAGAAUUUGAGUAUGAUUGAAAUCCAUCCCCUUUGCUUUAUUUAGGGACAAACGUCAAAGUAUACUGUAUAUAAACAAUUAUCCAAAACAGGAAGAAUGUCUAAUAGAUAAACAUUCAGAGAAUCAGAAGUGAAAUGUCUGUCUUUGAUAUUUCUUUA